AUGCGCCUAGAUGUGAAAAUCUACCUUAUUUUCUCCAUUUUACCCACGGUGUUCAGCUCAGUAAUUUCUCCAGUUUAUCUAAGUUAUGGCGAAUACGAACGCAUAGUCCCCAAUGCCUUUUCUCCCAGUGUUGCUUGUCUCAACGAUCAACCUUGGUUUGACUGGUUUUAUCGGGGAUUUGAACACCAUGAAAUUCGAAUUAAUGGUACUUCUCAGAAUGUAUUCCCAAUAAGGGUUUUUAUCGGAUCCAGUGUGUCAGAUCUUCAAUCACGAUCCCCCUGGCUCAAGGAUUUUCCUUCGGAUUUGGGAUCUGACUUCUACGAAAUAUAUCAAGAUUUAUCAAUCGAGCUUUAUGGAUUUGAUUCGCAUUGUGUGGCAUUUAUUAAGCCACCUGGUUUUGUACAACUUGGCCCCCUAGAUGCUUUAACUGUAGAAUUUACUUCCAGCAUUGACUAUUUCCGAUAUGCUCGUUUACUUGUCGGUCUUCUCUUGUACUUUGGAACUUCCUUUAUUACAGAGAACAUUGGGUUUUACUAUGCCUCUGGUGUAAGCUUAUCCGUAAUUGGAGGUCUCCUUAUUCUCCUCUUAAUCGCCAUGAGGUUGCUUCCAAAACGAACAACCCUAUUAUUGCAGUCGGCUUUGCUUAUCGGUAGUGGAUUUGCCAGCAUUUUAGUCAUUUACUUGCAAUAUCUUCGCACUCUUUUGUGGAGCUUCAUUGUAAAUCACGCUUUUCUUAUUCUGUGUUACAUUCUUAUAACUACUCUACUAUCUGCCAUAGUUCUCUACUGGUUUAGUCUUCCUGAACGACUUAUUGAAAGCUUUCCUCGAACUCAAAAUGUUUUUCGGUUUUGUCUCCGAAUUACUGGAAUCUCUCUCAUAGCUUCUGCCCCUCACCUUCCUUCAGAACUUACCCUCGUCACAAGAGUAAUUCGCAUUGUCGCCAGCUGUGCUGACUUCUACCUUGGUAUUGAUAGAUCGUAUGUAUUGGCAUUGUCGCCUUUGAUUAUGCGAGCUCUGUUUACUGCGGCUAUCGUGUUGUUGUGCUACUACGUAUUGUCUCAUUUUAAGAAUAAAAGACGGCCAAGAGUACUUUUAUCACCUCCUUCGAGAAGAAACAACUAUCGCCUUCCUGAUCUUCCCUGUGCUACAUCCUCCCCUCUCGGCACUCGAUCAACUUGGCGCACCCCGGUGUCUGAUGAAUACCUCUCUUCGCCGCCUCUAACCACACACUAUGGUGGCUAUGGCUACUUGCCGGUAAAUGACUCAAAUGGCUUUACAGACAGUUAUUGGGACGAAAAUGGCCUUGUUGUUUCGCCAGCUCAGUCAAGAAAUUGCCGAGGAAAUUCCAGUUUUGUUCCCCCUGUUCGUGAUCGAAAUUUAGCACCGCGACAGUAUCGUAGUCAUAUUGGAUGGAUGUCAAGGGAUGAGGUUGUCACAGAUGAUGAGGACUGA